GCCCCUCUCUUUUCAAGCAGCCCCUCUCUUUUCAAGCAGCCCCUCUCUUUUCAAGCAGCCCCUCUCUUUUCAAGCAGCCCCUCUCUUUUCAAGCAGCCCUUCUCUUUUCAAGCAGCCCCUCAUCCUCCAGCAUCUACUUUUUUUACCUUCGCCGCAUGAUCAUUCAGCGUCCCCUUGCUCCUGCAGCCUUGCCUCAAAGCUUUCAAUUUAUCGUGAUCUGAAUGCAAAAUGUAGCAACGCUCUGGUCAUUAUAGCUGGUUACUCUUUCCUUUCUAUUAGGCUAGUCAGUGGCGAGUAUGGUCGUCUUCUCUACAGGUUUUUUUUCUACAGCGGGCCGUACACAAUAGCCAACAUCACCAGUGCUUGUAAUGGCAUCUACUCCUGUCUAAACAUACGCUCAGAAUUAUUUUCGCAGUAUAUAAAUACUCUGUCCUCCUCUUCAUUCAUCCACGGAGCACAGAAACCACUUCCUUUCCUCCAUUCAAGCACACAUGUUUCCAUUCGUCGUAUACCAAAGCCAAACAACGUACCUUCGAAGACACUUAUCCAUAUUUACCUACAUGUUGCUAGUGCUAUGGACCGUACUCAGUGCGCUGCUUGGCUUUGCGACGGGCCAAGGAUUAAGAUUCGAUAGAUACCCGUCUAUGAAAUGGCAGUACGUGCCAUACGAAAUCUCCAGCGACUUCAACCAAGCCCAGAAACGGAAGAUCGAGAACACCUUGAACAGGUGGAAUCAACAAGUCGGCUGUAUCAAGUUCAGUCCGCGGAGAAAUAAUGAGCUGGAUUACGUUUUCAUCUUUGGUGGUGAUGGUUGCUGGAGCCAUUUGGGCAAAAUAGGUGGCCAACAAAGACUUUCAUUGCAAAAAGACGGUUGCAUCUAUCGAUCAACCAUCUUGCGACAGUUGAUGCAUGUUGUUGGAUUCGCAUAUGAACACAAUCGUUGGGAUAGAGACAAUUAUGUCGAAUUACUCUGGGACAACAUACCUGAAGUGUGGGAAUCGCUGUAUCAAAAAACCGAUCCAGCCGAUUUUGGCUUGCAAGGGAUGUACGAUUACUACUCACUCAUGCACAGCGACUACAAUGCUCCAGGCACCAACAAACCAGCAUUUCGAGUAAAACAGACCGGUGUCGACAAUAAUCGAAUAGGAAAUGGCAUUAAUGGUGACUUGACGAAUAUGGAUCUACAAAAAAUUCGUGAGCAGUAUUGUUAAGGUAAGGCAGAUAAAGGUCCCUAAACGAAAGAGAUAGUCUAUGAGCUUUGUAGGGAAGAAGCGUAUCUAAUGACAUCAAUCUGUUGCGCAUAGCAGACAAGCACGGAAUAAAUGUAGUUUAUCGUAACACGUGAAACAAAUACUGAAGAAUGUGUGGGCGUCAGGGACGACGUACUGGAAGGGGAGAAGGAACUUGGUUUCCUGGCGUGCUGGUGGUUUGGUCGAGGGCGUCAACUUGGUCAGCCAUCAAUAACUGCUGAAAAAGAGUGUCGAUAAUGUAGUCUUCUCAGCAAUAUCCACAACACGAUAUGUUCACAGUUCUGCAAGCAAUGCAAAAAGAAGCCUAGCUUCCUCCACAAGCUGCAGGACAAUCCAAAAUAUGUAGUCUCGCAUCUAGACCUUAGUCUCGCAUCUAGACCUUAGUCUCGCA